GCUGUGGGGAAGAGAGACGGAUUUGUAAACCCCGGAGCGAGGUUCUGCCUACCCGAGGCCGCUGCGGUGCGGAGACCCUGGGUGAAGCCGCCGUCACCAUGUCUGACCAGGAGGCAAAACCUUCAACUGAGGACUUGGGGGAUAAGAAGGAAGGAGAAUACAUUAAACUCAAAGUCAUUGGACAGGAUAGCAGUGAGAUUCACUUCAAAGUGAAAAUGACAACACAUCUCAAGAAACUCAAAGAAUCAUACUGUCAAAGACAGGGAGUUCCAAUGAAUUCACUCAGGUUUCUCUUUGAAGGUCAGAGAAUUGCUGAUAAUCACACUCCAAAAGAACUGGGAAUGGAGGAAGAAGAUGUGAUUGAAGUUUAUCAGGAACAAACAGGGGGUCAUUCAACGAUUUAGAUAUUCUUUUUAUUUUUUUUUUCUUUACCCUCAAUCCUUUUUUAUUUUUAAAAAUAGUUCUUUUGUAAUGUGGUGUUCAAAACGGAAUUGAAAACUGGCACCCCAUCUCUUUAAAACAUCUGGUAAUUUGAAUUCUAGUGCCCAUUAUUCAUUAUCACUUGUUUUCAUUGUGCUGAUUUUUGGUGAUCAAACCUCAGCCCCCUUCAUAUUGCCCUUUCCUUUUUAAAAAUUACAUGUGUGCACAGAGAGGCCACCUUUUCCAGGACUGUGCAUUUUCAGGCUUGUGAUAAAUAAGAUCGACCAAUACAAGUGUUCAUGAUGACUUUCCAAUUGGCCCUGAAGUUCUAGCAUGUGAUUGCUUCACUCCUGGACUAUGACUUUCAGUGGGAGAUGGAAGUUUUUCAGAGAACUGAACUGUGGAAAAAUGACCUUUCCUU